AUGCCUUCUUUCAGCGUAUGCCCCCAGACUCAGCCACCAGGCCCCGUCACUGCGGGCAGUGAAUGGAUGGCCACCCAGCUGCUGGCCCACAAGGCCCUGGCCUGGGUGGAUCAGAUGACUUUGUGGCUGCAGGAAUCGGUGACCUUCACCCAGGAGUGGCAGCAGCUGGAGCCAGCUCAGAGGGACCUGUACAGAGAUGUGAUGCUGGAGAUUUUCCAGAACCUGCGCUCGCUAGUCAGGAGUCCCAGAAGGCAGGGCCCCCACCGCUGUGAGCCCCGUAAGCCCGACCACGAGGGUGCCCGGAGUGCCCCCGACGGCGGUAAGGAGCCCUGCGUGUGCGGGGAGCGCGGGGAGGCCUUCGCGCAAUGGGCCCAGCUGGCGCACGCCCUGGAUGAGCCCUUUGUGUGUGUCGACGACUUCGGCAAGGCCUUCACGCUCAUCACCAAGCUGGUGGACCACCAGCGCCUCCACACCGCGGAGAAGCCGUUCGCAUGCCACGUGUGCGGCAGGCGCUUCAGCAAACGCUCGUCCCUGCUCGGGCACCCGCGAGCCCCCACGGGCGGCGGCCCCACACAUACCGGCUCCAACACGGGGGCGCAGAGCCCGACGCUGGCGGCGCGUCAGAAGCACACGGACGAGAAGCCCUGCCGGUGCCGGCGGUGCUGGGGGCGCUUCACCAAGUCGUCCGCGCUCAUCCUGCGCGAGAAGCUCCACCCCGGCGAGAGGCCCUCACGCUGCGCCCACGCGCCACCCCGGCGAAAGGCCCGCCCAGUGCAGCGCGUGCGGCAGGUCCUACAGCCAGAGGCCUACCUGGCCGUCCAGCAGCGUACACACAUCGGGGAGCGGCCCUUCCCGGGCCAGGAGUGCGAUCCACGCCGGCGAGAAGCCGCAUCGCUGGGCCAGUGCGGGCGCAGCUCCCGGAAGGUGUCGUUCCUGUUCCAGCGACGGCCAUCCACAGCGACCAGCGGCCCUUCCAGUGCGGCGUGUGGGCAAGUCCACCCCGGUCAGCACGGCAGGGUCCACAUCGGCAAGAAGCCCUGUCAGUGCUCGCAGUGCGGCAAGGCCUUCGGCCACCGGCCCACGCUGACCGGGCACCAGGGAUUCCACACCGGGGAGAGCCCUGCGAAAGCCGCCUAA